AUGUCUUAUCCGCCCCCCAACCCCAACAGCUACCCCUACUCGCAGCCCCCGCCGCCGCAGGGUUACCCCGCCCAGCCAUACCCGCCCGCCUCCUAUCCCGCACACCCAGGCCAGCACCCAGCUCAACAUCCGGGACAAUACGGCGCUCCUCCCCCCGGCGGAAGCCCUGCCCCCCCAGGAAGCGCAGGCGGCUAUCCUCCUCCCACCCAGCAGCACUCGCCGCACCCGCAACAGUACCAGCAACCCCCCUACGGCCAGUACCCGCCACCACACCCGCAGCAGCAGCAGCAGUACCAGCAGCCGCCCUACGGCCAAGGCCCUCCCCCAGGCUGGGGCUCCACCCCGCCACCCCCAGCGCAAUACGGCACCCCUCCUCCUCCCCACGCCGCUGGAUACCCGCCGCCCCACGCCCAAUACCCUCCCCCGCAGCAGGGCCACCACUACCCGCCUGGCCCCGGUGGCUACGGCGCCCCAGCACCAGGCGGAUACCCGCCCGCGGCACCGGUCCCCGCGCCUCCAUCUCUAGGCUACGACCCUGACCAGCGCGCCUCGGGCGACGCAACCAAGGAGGCCGAUGCCCUCCGCAAGGCAAUGAAGGGCUGGGGCACGGACGAGGCGGCGCUCAUCAACGUGCUGGCCAAGCCCGAUCCGCUGCAGAUGGCGCUGAUCCGGCACACGUACAUGGAGCGGCACGGGCGGAACCUCGAAAAGGACCUCAAGAGCGAGUUGUCGGGCGAUCUUGAACUCAUUCUUGUAUCGCUCGCUGCGGGACCGCUCGGUCAGGAUAUCGCAUAUCUGCGCGAGGCGCUCUCGGGGAUCGGAACGGACGAGGUCGCGAUCAAUGACGUGCUGAUCGGCCGGUCGAACGCGGAUCUCCGCGCCAUCAAGUACGGAUACGUGAGCAAGUACUCCAAGGCGCUCGUCGACGACAUCAAGAGUGAUCUCUCGGGCAAGACGGAGAAGUUCUUCGUCAUGCUCCUCAACGCCGUGCGCCCCGAGCGCGGGACCUAUUUCGACCAGACCUCUGUCGACAAGGACGUGCACGAGCUGCACGUCGCGACGACCGCGAAGACGGGAACCGACGAGAUCGGUGUGGCGGCCGUUUUCCUCGGCGCGUCGGACGCCAAGCUGCAGGCCGUCGCGCAGGCGUUUGAGGCCAAGUACCACAUCUCGCUCGAGAAGACGAUCAAGGAUGAGUUCAGCGGACACCUGGAGAAGGCGCUGCUCGCCAUCCUCUCCCGGUCCAAGGAUCCGCUCAAGUUUGACGUGGAGACGCUGCUUGCUAUUGUGCCUGUUGGUGGUGCUGCGGCGGAUAUCAAGAGGCUGAUUUACUGGGUUGUGAGGCUCCACUGGAACCCGCCGUACCUGAAGCAGGUCAAGGAUGCGCUCGUGCAGCGGACGGGGAGCGAUUUCGGUCGGAGGAUCAAGGCCGCUGUGCCGCCGGGUGAUUUGCAGAAUGCCAUUAUGAAGGUUUGGGCUUAG